UUUCAAUUCAUAAUCCCUGUCCACCCCUACGUACCUGAAGUGUUGUCGACUUGUGAAGAUUGGAAAGCCGUUUGUCAAAAUGCUCAGUACUCGCAAUUAGAUAACUAUUACUGUUACGGGUCGUCGGUCUUCUUCUAUGAGUCCACUCCCGUGGGUUGGGAUGAGUCGAGACAACUGUGUUCACAGAAAUUCAGCGCCAAAUAUGAGGCAGAUUUGGUUCAGCUCUCAAACGACAAGAAGGAGGCGGCAAAAGAGAUGAUGAAGAGGUUAUAUACAACGGGAAUUAUCACAGUCGAGACGAUUGAAUUAGCGACGAGUGGUGUGUGUUGUAUGAGGAAACUGACAGCCGACGCGUUUGGCACCGACUGUCAGUGGUUGGCCACCGGUACACCCAUAGAGAACACUAAAAUCAGUUCCCAAGACAAAUGUAUUAUAUAUACAUGGUUUCGAAAAGGUGGCCGACACAUCACAUACCUACCUGUGCGCAUACAAUGCUCCGAAAAAUUAGCACCGCCGGUAACAACUAGUACGCCAAGUGAUACAACGACAGUGUCCGGGAGUAGUACCACUGAUAUAUCCCCGGAUCAGACGACAACACUAUCUCCGGCUGAUAUCGACAAAGUAUUGCAGGAAUUGGAGGACAAACUAUCGGACCCAAAUAUAACCAAAACAGAAAUACUGAACUGUUCCGGAGUAUUGAGCGACAUUCUGACGGGCGGUCCCCUCGUAACCAACAGCUCAUUGAAUCGGACACUGAAUAUAAUCGACAAUUUGCAGCAAAAAGUGCACAAUAAGAUCAAAGACACGGAUUAUUUACGAAAAUUCACUGAAAAUAUUGUGCAGAUUUGCAGUAAUGUACUCGACUGUGACCGGGCCUGGGAUCAGAUCAAUCACAACGACGUUAAAUCCAGUUUUAGUUCAAAUAUAUUACAGUAUAUGCAGAGGAGUACGUUUGCAUUGGGCUGUACGGAGCGGACGGACACUUCGCACAAACCAAUAAAAAGAAACAAUAUUGUCGUUCAGACGUUUACAAUGGACUACAAUAAGACGACCACAUUUCAAGUCCAACACAUGGACUCCUCCAUCACAAUACCGGCCGGAAUACCGGCGCAAAAGCCCGAUGAAAAUUGUAAUGCAGGCACAGCUGUGGGCGCUGUGUUUGAUAAGUUGUCCCGAUAUUUAAAA